AUGGAAGCGUUUGAUAAGCUCAAACUCGCCUUGACUCAAGCUCCGAUUGUGGGAGGACCUGACUGGAUCCAGCCAUUUGAGAUAAUGUGUGACACCUCCAACUAUGCAGUAGGAGUGGCGCUGGCUCAGCGCGACGGUAAGGAUCCUUUUAUAAUUGCUUAUGCUUCCAAGACCUUAGACGCUGCUCAAAGAUUAACAGGUCUACUGAAGAAACAUGGGACUGUUCACAAGGUGGCAACGGCUUACCACCCCCAGACUAAUGGGCAGGCCGAGGUGUCAAGCAGAGAGAUAAAGCGUAUCCUGGAGAAGGUCGUCAAGCCUCAUAGAAAAGAUUGGAGUGCCAGGCUUGCAGAUGCGCUUUGGGCAUAUCGGACAGCGUACAAGACACCAAUUGGAAUGAGUCCCUUCCGCCUUGUUUAUGGAAAGGCUUGUCACCUCCCAGUGGAGGUGGAGUACAAGGCUUUUUGGGUGGUAAGGGAAUGCAACAUGGGAUUUGAAAAAGCCGGUGCUGAAAGAAAGCUGCAACUAGCAGAAUUGGAGAACCUUUGCCUAGAAGCCUAUGAGAACUCCAGGCUAUACAAAGAGAGGGUGAGGGUUGUGCAUGACAAGAAUAUAAAGUGA